CGUGGAGCCGCGGUCAGUCUCGCGCAGCGGUCUCGAGCGCGUGAAAGACCCAUAGCCGCGUCGCGCGCAGGUAAAUAGCAGCAACAGCAGCAGCAGCGGCAGGAACAGAGUAGUGUUCGCCGUGUGAGAGAGAGCCAUGAAGCACUAUGAGGUGGAGAUUCUGGAUGGGAAGACACGGGAGAAGCUGUGCUUCCUGGACAAGGUGGAACCCCACGCCACCAUCGCCGAGAUUAAGAACCUUUUCACCAAGAGCCAUCCGCAGUGGUACCCUGCCCGCCAGUCCCUCCGCCUGGACCCCAAGGGCAAGUCCUUAAAGGAUGAGGAUGUUCUACAGAAGCUGCCUGUGGGCACCACAGCCACACUCUACUUUCGUGACUUGGGGGCCCAGAUCAGCUGGGUGACGGUCUUCCUGACGGAGUACGCAGGGCCACUUUUCAUCUACCUGCUCUUUUACUUCCGGGUGCCCUUCAUCUAUGGCCACAAAUACGACUUCACGUCCAGUCGACACACAGUGGUGCACCUUGCCUGCAUCUGCCAUUCAUUCCACUAUAUCAAGCGCCUGCUGGAGACGCUCUUUGUUCACCGCUUCUCCCAUGGCACCAUGCCGCUGCGCAACAUCUUCAAGAAUUGCACCUACUACUGGGGCUUUGCCGCGUGGAUGGCUUAUUACAUCAACCACCCUCUCUACACACCCCCUACCUACGGAGCCCAGCAGGUUAAACUGGCGCUGGCCAUCUUUGUGAUCUGCCAGCUUGGCAACUUCUCCAUCCACAUGGCACUGCGUGACCUGCGGCCAGCUGGAUCUAAGACCAGGAAGAUCCCUUAUCCUACCAAGAACCCCUUCACGUGGCUCUUUCUGCUGGUGUCCUGCCCCAACUACACCUAUGAGGUAGGGUCCUGGAUCGGCUUUGCCAUCAUGACACAGUGUCUCCCAGUGGCGCUCUUCUCCCUGGUGGGCUUCACUCAGAUGACCAUCUGGGCCAAGGGCAAGCACCGCAGCUACUUGAAGGAGUUCCGUGACUACCCACCCCUGCGCAUGCCCAUCAUCCCCUUCCUGCUCUGAGUCACUUACCCCACCUGCGCUGGCCACGCUAGGCUCUUGUCCCUCCACCCCAGUGUCAUUCUGGAGGAGGAUGGGGGCACUCUUAGCACCUGGAAUAAAACCUGACGUCUCCAG